CAGAGGCAAGGAGUGAAGCUGCUUUAUUUUUCUUUUUGCAGGUCCUGGUGGUUAAUCUUGGGACAAACAAAUUUCUCAGACAGGUGGAUGAUGAAGAUACCAUUCUACCACGCAAACUGCAGGUGGCACUUGAGCAUGUCCUAGAGAUGCGGAAUGAGUUGGCCAGUCAGGAAGAGGAGGACUCUCUCCUGGAUAAUCCUGGCUGUCUUAAUAGUGUGGUGUCUGAAACCUUUGUCCGUUUUUUUGUGGAAAUAGUCGGUCACUACUCUUUGUAUAUGACUUCCAAUGAGAAAGACGAAAAAAUAUUCCUGUGGGAGGCAUUUCGCAAGUCUAUCACAUCAAAAAGUGUCCGACGGUUUCUGGAGGUUUUCAUGGAGACACAGAUGUUUGGUGGAUUCAUUCAAGAUCGAGAACUAAGGAAACUCGGGGUGAAAGGUGAAAACACGAGUCACGAUAUUGCCUCCUCCUCUCUCCUCUCUCUCUCACAACUUUUUUAAACUCAAUCAUGUAUUUUGUCAGUUAACCAUGUCACAUGUAAGAACAAAUAAUAUGAUCAUAACAUAUAAAUACUGGCCUUAUGGAAACAUUUAAUAAAAUGUAUUCAAUCCCA